AUAACUCUUUCUGAUGCAGAAUUCAGUGAAAAAGGGGUGACCUGCAUCCAGAUGUUUUUCCAAAAGGAUUUGCCCUUUUUAAUACAAAAAUAACUUACAGUGUUGGAAAUAAUGCAUUUAAAAGAAUUUUUUAAAAAUAGUCUUGAGUAUGAUGAGCCUAAAGUGCUAUUUCCAAAAAGCCUUAAUAAUUGCUUUGGCUGCAAUCUAAAUCAUGAUACAAAGGCAUGACAUGUCUAUCUCUGGAUAAGAGAUUUGUCCAACUCCUGUUAUUUAGAAGCAUCCAAAAUAUAUUGAGAUUUUCUGAUGGUUGAGAAAAAAAGGAAUUCACAUGCAACAUGUAGGUAUUUAUCAAUGAGCUUGAAGAAGAGGAUAAUGCUUUGGUAAACAGCAGCAGCACAGUUCCCUGUUUUAAAGGAUAGGGGUGGGAAAAAAUGCUAAAGGAAAUUUGUGGUGCCCACAUUCCAUUCUGCUGUUUAAUGUCAAUGGGCAAAUUUGGAGGUGGUGGUGGGGGCUUUCCUUGGAUGGUUGUAACAUGUUUAUGAUACACGGCACCCUCUUGAUAAUAAUCACAGACUUUUCUCUUAUUCUUUCAGUUUCGAACAAAAAAUCGCACGCUAAUACAUCACCACACUUGAAAAAAAGAAGAAGCAGUGUGGCUUUCUCUGAACCAUGAUGGCAGAAUCCCUGCCCUUUCCACUGGGCACACCAGUGCCCACCUGGGAAUUGGAAGCCUGGUACCAGGACUUGCAGGAAGUGCUAUCCUCGGAUGUAUCCAACAGGACAGACCCCUCUGGGGUUGGACAGGAGCAGAAGGAAUUCGAUGGCUUUGAUGGUGCUGCUCUCUUGUGGAACUUGGAGACUUCCAAUUCCUUGGAGCUUAAUGGGGAUAUAACGACAGGAAGCUAUGAGUUGUUGCCUGAUCUUACAGCAGAACUUUUGGAGCAACUGGGCCAGGAGCCUCCAGGGCCAGUGGAGUCCGAUUCUAGCCAUGGCUCUCCUACCCAGACAGGCACAGAUGAUGAUGAGGGGAUGUCUACUAGCCGGAAGAGGCGGCAGAGUGGCCAGCCUCACGGUGGCAAGAGACAGUGCGGCAGAGAGCGGGAGCAGCAGAAUGAGCGCAGAGUGGCUGAGCUGACAGCACAUAAUGAGCAUCUCCAGCAGGAAAUACAGCGCUUGACCGCCGAGGUGGAAGCUACCCGAGCAGCGCUCAUCCAGCGGAUGGUGAGCCUAAAGACAUGAUGGGGUCCUUGGACACUUUUCUGCACUGAAAUUAUUUCUCCUUGCUAUGGACUGAAAGUAUGCAGGGCCUCAUCCUUUCCAGAUUGACUGUGCAACAUGCUGAAAAGAGGGGCAUUUGUUGACACCUUAAAGCACAUCAAUGCCCUGUGAAACUUACUCUGAGUAGCAAAUGGACCUCCCUUGCAGAACUAAUCUGUGUGGCCCAGUUAUUUUAGGCAAAGAGGAGAUCCCUGACUUUCCUAGAGACUGACUGGGGCAAUUGUGGAACUGACUUAUUUUUAAUAGUUAUAUCUGUUCUUCCCCUUGCCAGGAGGUUGCAGGGAGGAAUGUCUGCAUGUAUCAUUCUGUACAACAGUGCUUUGUACUUGUAUAAAGAGCAAUAAAGUAUUUAUUUUGUCCUGUGUA